ACAUGAAGAAGUGGAUUUGGCUGUUUUGUUUCCAGUUUCUUCUCCCUGAAGUGAUGUCUCAGUGUCCUUCUGAAUGCAGUUGCACUGAUACUGUGGUUGACUGUUCUGGGCAGCAAUUAAAAUCAGACACUUUGCCAAAUCAGUUUCCAUCUUCAACAAGGGAGAUUCGUCUUAAUAACAAUCAGCUUACAACCCUCCCCAAUGGGUUUUUUGACAAACUACCAAUGCUUCAAAAGGUUGUGCUAAACGGUAACCCUUGGAAAUGUGAUUGUGACCUCCUGUAUUUCCGCUCCUGGCUUCAGAAGCAGCAAAACAGGGCUUUUUACAAAGAUGUUGUUUGCACAUACCCACAAGGUUUAAAGGGUAGGCUGGUUAUGUACCUGACAGAGGAUGAAUUGCUGUCAUCUUGUGAGCAUGGGUACUGCAGCCUGGCUUUUAUUGCCCAAAUUGUCCUUUUCAUCUUCAUCAUCUUACAUGUUAUCCUGCUAAUUGUUCUUAUUGUGUUCCUCAAGAGAUUUGAAAAGUUCUCCAGAGAAGCCAAUAUGGUGAGAAAUGAAGGAUGCAGAGGUGCAGAUAUGGCUCCAGAAGAACAUGAUUACUUGCUAUAUAACCACAGCACAGCAUGACCCAAAGUAAUCUACCCAUCAUGCAAAGGUCUGUUUCUACACUUAACUCUUCUUCACCUGUUUCUGGCCUCACUGACCCAGGCCCAGACUGAACAGAAUUUAUCAGUCUCUUUCUUAAAGUUACUUUUGUGCUUCUGUCUUGCAUUUCAACGGAGUAAGACAUAUUAUAUGAGUCUGUCUCCUUUUCGCAAGUCACAGUUGAUGACUCCACAGACAAUCACCACAGCAGACUUCCCUUUAGUGGACAUUUAGCCAGAGGUUGUAGAAAUUCUGGUACUUUUCAGAAGACCAGCUGCAUAAGGCAAGAGACAUGUCUUGAAUAUUUCCCACUUGGUUUACUUUCAGGAGGUGUGACACAUUAACUUACCCAGUGUUCAUGUUAACAUUUACUUACCUUUCUGUCAUAUGUAGUAAACAAGACAUAUGGCUUCCAUCAGCAAUCAGGUAAAGAAUGAGAGCCUAACAUAUCCUGGCUUCCACCAUCUUAUCUGGGACAGAUUCUAUAAGUUUCCUGGUCUAUCCAACCUUCCCUUAUUUAUUUUUCAUCUUUUCUGCUAGAUGAUGUUUGACACACAAGUUCUUGAGUCUAGUUCACUGCCCACACAAGUCAUAAUUCUACUUUUUGAAAUGCUACAAAUAAACUAUACAUCAUUAUUUAAUAAUAUUGCUGUACUAGUAAAGCUUUUUCAAAGCUAAAAUGUGUCACUGUAGGCUUAGCCAUCAGUGAGAAAGAAUCAUCAAAUAUUUAUAUUAGCAGAAAACAUGCAGGCACACACACACACACACACACACACACACACACACACACACACACACACACACACACACACACACACACACACACACACACACACAGGCACAGGAUACUGUAGCUGAGAGUUUUGCAUCUAGCACUCUGGCCAGGAUGUUUUUUUUUAAUCUGCAGCCUCUAUUAUGAACAGAAGACUGAUGAUCAGUGUGGUACUAUGGGGACAGGAUUAUGGACUAUGGUGGUAUAAGAAUUUACCUGUUGGUGACUUUAUCAGUAUGACCAUUCGAGAAAGAAAAUGCAAGUCACAGACAGGAUUCUAGGCAUGAAAAGACUGCUGUCUUCAUCACUGGACUGAAACAGAGCUCUGGGUGCUGCUGAAAACUGUUUCAGUACCAUGGUAGGAAAAAAAAAAAACGGUUGUAUGUAUUCAGUUUCCCUCUGUUGGUCAAUAGAGGAAUGAUGGUGGUACAGUUAGGGUAGCAUACUUCAUUCAUCGUAUUCCUGUUUUGCAUACUGAAAAAUGAAUACACAGGAUGGCCAUUAAUGCCCAUUUAAGUUAUAGCUUUUGGAAUAAGAAAUGGAAGAUGGUGAAGCCAAAAUACAAUGAUUCAUGUCAUGUUUUAACUGCUUUCAGUUAGAUUCUGCAUCAAUUCUAAUUGCUUCUUAACCUGGUCAUGUAAUCAUUAUAUGCUAUCCCUCACUUGCAACAAGUAUGUUAAUUGGGAUUUGUUUGAAUUCAGCAUAUAAACAUGAAAUCCAUGUUGGUACGAGUUAUUAUUGUAUUCCUGGCAUCAAACAUACAGUAGUGAUUCAUGUAAAAGACCCUGACCCCUUCCCCUUGUGGAAUGUCACAGUGUUCUGUCUCUUACCUUGUAGAAUCUGAUAUUGUGUCUUGUCCUGUUCUCCCACAGUUUGCCAGACUGCAUUGCUUCCAUCUUCCAGAAUGUAUCAGAAUUCAGUGCUCUUAUCUUCCACAAUGUGCCAGAGAGCACUGCUCCCAUCUCCUAUGAUGUGUCAGAAUCCACUGCUGCCACCUCCCACAAUGCGUCAGAGUGCACUGCUCCCAUCCCCACAAAGUGUCACUGUGUGUGUCAGAGUGCACUGCUCUCACCUCCCACAAUGUGUCAGAGUGCACUGCUCCCAUGAUGUGUCAGAGUGCACUUGCUCCCAUGAAGUGUCAGAGUGCACUGCUCCCAUCUACCAUGAAGUGUAAGAAUACACUACUCCCAUCUCUCAUGGUGUGUCAGAGUGCACUGCUUCCAUCUCCCAUGGUAUGUCAGAGUACACUGUUCCUGUCUCCCACAAUGUGCCAGAGUGGACUGCUCCCAUCUCCCAUGGAGUGUUGGAGUGUAUUGCUCCCAUCACUCAUAGUGUGUCAGAGUGCAGUGCUCACAUCUCCUAUGAUGUGUCAGAGUGCACAGCUCUACUCUAUCACAGUGCAUCAGAGUGCCCUGCUCCCAUCUACAAUAGUGUUUCAGAGUGCACUGUUCCGAUCUAUCACAUUGUGUCAGAGUGCACUACUCCCAUCUCCCAAGAUGUGUCAGAGUACACUACUCUCAUCUUCAGUGGUGUGUCACAGUGCACUGCUCCCAUGGUGUGUCAGAGUACACUGCUUUCAUAUCUCACAGUAUAUCAGAGUGCAUUGCUCCUACCUCCCAUGAUGUGUUAGAGUACACUGUUCCCAUCUCCCAUGAUGUGCCAGAGUACACUGCUCACAUCUCCAGUGGUAUGUCAAAGUGUACUUCUUCCAGAUCCAAUGUGGUGUCACAGUGCAGUGCUCCCAUCUCCUACAAUGUGUCAGAGUGCACUGCUCUUGUCAUGUGUCAGAGUGCACUGCUCCCAUCUCCGACUGGGUGUCAGAUUGCACUGCUACCAUCUACCACUGGGUGUCGGAGUUCACUGCUUCCAUGAUGUGUCAAAGGGCACUGCUUCCAUCUCCCACACUGUGUCAGGGUGCACUGCUUCCAUCUCCCACGGUGUGUCAGAAUGCACUGCUCCCAUGAUGUGUUAGGGUGCACUGCUACCAUCUUCCAUGGUGGGUCAGACUGCACUGCUCCUACCUCCCAUGGAGUGUCAGAAUAUGCUGCUUCCAUCUCCUACAGUGUUUCAGAGUGCACUGCUCUCAUGAUGUGUUAGGGUACACUGUUCCCAUCUUCCAUGGUGGGUCAGACUGCACUGCCCCUACCUCCCAUGGAGUGUCAGAUUGUGCUGCUUCCAUCUCCUACAGUGUUUCAGAGUGCACUGCUCCCAUUUCCCAUAUUGUGUCAGAGUGUGUCAUUCCCACCUCUCAAUGUCUAACAGAGUGCACUCUUCAAUCUAACACAGUGUGUCAGAGUGCACUGCUCCCAUGUCCCAUCAUGUGACAGAGUGCACUGCUCUCAUCUAAUGCAUUGGGUCAGAGUGCACUGCUUCCAUCUAACACAGUGGUUCAGAGUGCACUGUUCCCAUCUAAUGUAGUAUGUCAGAGUGCACUGCUCCCAUUUUCCAUGGUGUGUCAGAGUGUACUGCUCCAUUUCCCAUGAUGUGUCAGAGUGCACUACUCCCAUUUCCCAUGGUGUGUCAGAGUGCACUACUCCCAUCUAAAGCAGUGUGCAGAGUGCACUGCUUCCAUCUCCCACAAUGUAUCAGAAUGCACUGCUCCCAUUUCCCAUGCUGUGUCAGAGUAAACUGCUCCCAUCUAUUACAAUGUACCAUCUGGUACAAUGCACUGCUCCUAUCUCACACAGUGUGUCACAGUGCACUGCUCCCAUCCCCCAUGGUGUUUCAGAGUGCACUACUACCAUCUCCCAUGGUAUGUCAGAGUGCACUGUUCCCAUCUUCAGUGGUAUGUCAGAGUGCACUGCUCCCAUCUCCAACAGUGUGUCAGAGUGCUGUGCGCCCAUCUUCAAUGGUAUGUCAGAGUGCACUGCUCCCAUAUCCAACAGUGUGGCAGAGUGCACUGCUCUCAUGAUGUGUCAGCAUGCACUUUUCCCAUCUCCCAGGGUGUGGCUGAAUAGCCAGCCUUUCUCUACCUCUGGUGGUAUGGAAGAACACACAUCUCUCAUGGUUUGGCUGUGUCAUUUGUCUCUUCUAGCAUGCCAGAAUGUAUUGAUCCUCACCUACACAGUACACUGUCCUUCACCUCUCAUUGUGUGGAGAAGUGUCUUUUGUACCAAGACACGUGAUAUAUAUCAGUCACAAUCUGCCAUCUCCCAAAAUGUGGUGCAUAGCUCUAUUCCUCAAUUUUCAAUAUGGUACGGUAUAAGGUCCUCUACAUUCAAAGUGUGGCAGAGUGACACACCAACAACCUUCUUCACUGAUGUAUAGUGCCAUGUCCUCUGUUUGCCAUAAUGUGACCAGUGCUGUUUCCUGUAUCUCCCACAAUUGUGACUAUAUGCUUUGUUCUCCACCUUCCAUGGUAUCAGCACUGUAUACUUGUGCAGUGUCAUGUGAAAGAUAAAAAAAUAAUCUAAACAGUCAGAAUUUAACUUCUGCAGACACUUUAUAAUGGGACAUUCCUAAUUUGUGCCACUACACCAAAGGGUUUAUCAAUAUUCAGAAUCAGGAAGUUGGACGGGAGUUGUCUUGACAUGCUGAUCCCAGGACAAUGCAGAGUAUGGUCAGUUUACAGAAGUAUGUAGAAGAGUAAUGAUUAAAAAGACUAACCAUGAGUAAAUUUGUGAUCACAUGUAGCCAUGACCAUAGUACAGUCUACUAACUUGGGCAAGUAAAUAACUUUUUUUUUUUUUGCAGCCUACAUUUGAAGGCAUUAGUUGACAAAAUGAGAUAUAUUUGUCUUUUUUUUGUUCUGCCUUCUUAGUAGUCUUAUCUUCCACAUAAGAAUUUUACCUCUGUUUGUUGUUAUUUAAUUAAAGCACUCAUAAUCUCUAUGCCUGCAUGAAGACAGUAAUCCAUGCCAGUUUUAGAAACUCUCCUCCCCCCAAAAUAUCAUCUGCUGAAGCAGCAUUUGUAAUUAUAAUGCAGGUAUUCUGAGGACAUUUGAUGUGAUCUUGUUUUGAGAAUAAAAGAAAAUAGAAAUAACAUCAGA